CGCGAGUUUACGCGCCUCUUCUCACCUCCCAUUUCCGCUCUAAAUUUUCACGUUCCCGCCAUCAUCGGCUGCUCUUGGGACGCGAGCGCAGAUAACAUCGUAGCCGGCAAAACUCACACACUGACAGCGCGCCACAUUGAGCGGAUACCUUAAUUCUCCAGCGCUUUCUUCAAGGAAUUUCCCUCCCGCAGGGCUUUUGUUGUAGAUCUCUGGCCGCAUCUCUUCGCCCUCGAUUGUGUCCAGAGCCGGAGUUUUGAGCGUCUCUCGCCCUCAUGGCCGUCGCAGGGCCCAAGCUGACCAGCGGAGGCGCUGUCCGCAUCCGCAUCAGAUGUGGGGAGCUGGGGACCACCAAAUGGAAAGAGGGGGUCUUUGAAAUCCACGAGAGAGACAACAAAAUAAACCUGCAAGUCAAGUUCAACAGUGGCGGUACUCCGAAGAUGUUUCAGCUGAAUCACAACGUUAAGCAGGUUUCAUGGUAUCAAACGCAUGGCCCAAACCGCGUGACAUUGACUCUGAAAGACUCAAGCGUUGUCAUGAUGGACAAACUGUCCUUGUUGGUUGCUAAAAAAAUGAAGGAAUACCUUGAAAUGGUGAGGCUUGGAAAACCAGCAGUUUUAAAGACAAACCAGGGGAGUGCUAGUUUUGGCUUAGUUCUUGGGAAUCGCGCAGCACAGAAUGACUCUGGCCUUUCUCCAUCAGAAAAACAGAGCACUCCAAGACGUCCAAGUCUGGACAGCAGAGAGGACAGCACACCGAGAAAGCCUCUCGGGAGUCCCAGCCGGGUAACUUCCACACCUGGCCGCAAUGGGCUCUCUGAGAACAGGAGUGAGAAGAGGAAGAGACUGAUGAACUCUGAUGGUGAUAUGACAGAGGACUACCCCAAAGAGAAUGACUCUUCUAGCAACAAUAAGGCCAUCACAGACUCAUCCAGAAAGUUUCUGCUCAGCUGCAAAGAGAAACUCAAGCAGUCAGAGGAGAACAGGGCAACUGCUCCACACACGCCUGCCCCUCUCCAGCCAACAUCCUUUUAUGGGAGCAGAACAGGAACUAAAGAUUAUUCACAGACUCAUUCAGUUUUGGACAGGCCCAGCAGUACAGGCCAGUGUCCCUCUGCUAAAAGAAGCCUAAUGUUACCCAAUCACUCAACUCCCUUUAAAAAGGUGCGCCCAACUUUGGACUACGGUGGCUGGAACAAACCAAGACCAUCCGCGCUGGCUCAGCCGCAGCCUCCACUACAAGGAUUCUCCAAUCUUGGGAACACCUGUUACAUGAACGCCAUACUCCAGUCACUUUUCAGCCUGCCCUCAUUUUCGAAUGACCUGUUAAAGCAGGGCAUACCAUGGAAGAGGGUCCCCGUCAAUGCCCUUCUGAGGCGCUUUGCUCAUCUGCUGGCUAAGAAAGACAUUUCCCCUCCAGAAGUGAAGAAAGAUCUUUUGCGGCGAGUGAAGAACGCUAUUUCCUCAACAGCUGAGCGCUUCUCUGGUUACAUGCAGAAUGAUGCCCAUGAGUUCCUGAGCCAGUGUCUAGACCAGCUGAAGGAGGAUGUGGAGAAGAUCAACAAAAGCUGGAAGAACGAGCCCUCGGCCUGGGAGGAGCCACAGAGCGCUCGGUUAGCAGAGGAGGUGGACACCUCACGCAUUUACACCUGCCCGGUUACAGUCAACAUGGAGUUUGAAGUGCAGCACACCAUAACAUGUAAAAGCUGUGGAGAGGUGGUGACGAAGCGCGAGCAGUUCAAUGACCUGUCCAUCGACCUGCCGCGCAGGAAAAAAACACUCUCUCUGAGAUCCAUACAGGACUCUCUAGAUCUCUUUUUCAGGAUGGAGGAGAUUGAGUAUUCCUGUGAAAAAUGCAGUGGAAAAGCAGCAACCGUCUCUCACAAAUUUAGCAGGCUUCCCAGAGUGCUGAUUCUACACCUUAAACGCUACAGCUAUAACAGUCAGCUGUCUUUAAACAGCAAGCUGGGCCAACAAGUCCUGAUCCCCAAAUAUCUCACGCUGCUCUCACACUGCACAGACGCCACACGCCCCCCUCUCAGCCUCAGCUGGAGCGCACAGACCGCCAUCUCCAGGACGCUGAAGAUGUCACAGUCGGUCAACUCUUCAACACUACGGAAAGGUUCUCAAAAGCCAGAGAGCUCGGGCAGCAUGUUGUGUGACUCGGAUAGUGAGGAGGAGCUCGUCAGAAAAGUUGGUCGCAAACAUCAUUCAGAAGAUGACAGGACAGAAGAGGUGCAGCACAAUGCACAGGUCGAGCACUCGGAGUUUAAUGCAAUCAACGAUGAUGAGAUGCUAGCAGCUGUGCUGGAGAUGAGUCGGCACGACACUAGUUUGUCCGGAUGCCCUGAUGACGAGCCAACCAGCAGCCCAGACACAGGGUUUGGAGAUGCAGACGGGCAGGACCUGACUCAUCAUUUAGAGCUUCUAGAUGGAGAGAAACAGCCUGCAGAUGCCCUGGAGUCUCUAGAUCUGACCAUGGAUGAGAAUAAGGAGAACCAGACGCCUGAAGGUGUGCAGGGAGAGCUGGACUGGGUGCAGCAGUACAGUUUAGACCAGGAGCGAGAGGAACAGGAGCUACAGCAGGCCCUCGCACAGAGCCUACAGGAACAUGAGGCGAGAGAGAUGAGGGAAGAUGACGAUCUGAAGAGAGCCACUGAGCUCAGCCUGCAAGAGUUUAAUAACUCUUUGCCAGAGCUGCUGUGCUCUGAUGACGACUCUGGGAAUGAGGAUGGCCUGGAUAUGGAGUACAGUGAGGCUGAAGCUGAAGAGCUCAAGAAGAACGCUGAGACUGGAGAGCUUCCGAACUCCUUCAGACUCAUCAGUGUGGUCAGUCACAUCGGCAGCAGUUCAUCAUCAGGGCAUUACAUUAGUGAUGUUUAUGACAUGAGGAAACAGUCCUGGCUCACAUACAAUGAUCUGGACGUCUCCCGCACACAGGAAUCCACAGUUCAGAGAGAUCGUGACAGGAGCGGAUACAUCUUUUUCUACAUGCACAAAGAUGUGUUUGAUGAGCUGUCUGAGCUGGAGAAGGCAGGAGGGAACGGUGAUGCCGGUCGCACAGUGCUGCAGCCGCUAUAAACGCUCUCGCACGCUUCUAACAUCCCAUCCGGGUGGAUCCUUCUGCUGAUGAACAGCUGAGCCAGGGGUAAACGCUACACCCUUCAUCAGUACUACUGAAGACUGUCCACACACACAUGCACCUACUUUGGGCACUUUUCCUUUUCUAUUUCUCUUUCACUUUUCCCAUUGCUCCCUGUGAAAUACUGUUGCCGUGUCAAAUGUAGACUUGCAGUUAGAUGGGUAAAUGUUCUAGAAACUCGUAGGUACAAAUGUUUAUGGGGCUACGCAAAGAAAAUAAAUAUAGAAAUAUAGAAAGCAUUUAGAGUUGAAGUUGCUCUUAUUUUUUUGUUGUCUUUCUUUUGUUUAAAUAUUUUGUUUGCCUUGAUGAAAAGACCCUCUGGUAAACUUGUGCAUUAAGAAAUAUUUUUUUUCCCUUUCCCCUCUGCAAAUUUUAGAUUUCCUUUUCAAUCUAUUGCAUAUAAAAAUUUAUUCUUGUGUAUGUUUGGGUGGAAUAGGGAAUAUGGGCUGUCUGUCUUGUUUGAUAUGCAGCUGAAAAUGUGGUGCAAUAUUUGCUUUUGCCAGUCGGCUUUUAUAUGACCUAUAGCGAUGAAGAGAGACUUGGAAUAGUACUGAUUUAUAUUCAAGGCUUUACUGGUGACUGUUGGUUGUUUUAUUCUUAUUUUAUAAACGUUAAUCAAACAAGCUCAGUGGUGUUGAUGUAGCUUGUCUUUUUUUUUUUUUUUUAAAGAUCUCCCUUCAAGAAUCUUUAUGCCUCUCCACACCUACAGACCUAGUAAAACAAUUUUGUUUUCCUUCUAUAUAUAGAGCUUUACAGUGUGAAGUUGCACAGCCAUUGUGUAGAAUGUCUGUCUUCAGAAAGACGUCAAAUGAAAAACGUUUACUGAAUAUAGGAAGCACACUGAUGAGAGUGCUUCACAUGAAGUCAGCUGAUAUUAUUUAUUUGAGAUCUUGUUCACUGUCUGAUUUGUACUGUACUGCCGUUCUCAUUUUCAUGUCUUCGGUAACCACUUUAUUCAUGUUUUCUGUUCUGAUCAUCUGAGUAGGUUCAUGGAAGAGUGGGACUUGUUUGGACAUUGUGUGUAUGGUGUUCUCUGAAACAGUGGUAUAAGCUCUACUUAAUUGCUUAGUAUUCAGUCUUUCAUUACUUCCUUAAACACAUUUUAAAUAAAAUUUAUUUAGAAAAAAA